AUGCCCCAAGACCUAACAGCACAAGUCACAAUAUCCAAAACCUCUUUUGAAAUCAACCAAAGUACUAAUUGGAGUGAAGAAGUUGAGAAUAACAUUACGGCUACCAAAAACCCUACGGUAAACCGUCCCGGUAGUAUUACAACAAUACUACAUAUGGAAACACAAGAA